AUGUCAAGAGCUACACCUGAAACACUUUUGUCCUACCAUACACUGACCGAUUUAACUCUGACAGAUGAACAGCUGCAGAUAUACGCUCUGGCCGACGUAGAAAAGCUAUUGCGAAGUUUUGGAAAAAGUUUGUCUGACUAUCCUCCGAUGCCAACGGCGGACCCAUCUUUGAUGCCUGAUUUGCAAAAUCAUUUUAUCCAUGAGGAGAUUAAUUACAAUAGGAGGGAGUUGCAAGAAGAGCAUAAUCAGCUAAUGUCAAAGAUGACAGAUGAGCAACACAAGGUAUAUGACACGAUAAUGGCAAGGGUUGAUGAAAAAAAACCCGGUAUAUUUUUCUUAUACGGUUACGGUGGAACGGGCAAGACAUUCAUUUGGAAAGCUAUGUCUGCUGCAAUAAGGUCAAGAGGCGAAAUAGUAUUGACAGUAGCCUCGAGUGGUAUAGCUGCAUUACUCAUACCUGGAGGAAGAACUGCUCAUUCAAGAUUUGGCAUUCCAUUCACUGUUGAUGAAUGCUCGACCUGUGGUGUGAAACCUAAUACCCCAUUGGCUCAGUUGGUGGUGCAAGCAAGAUUAAUAAUAUGGGAUGAAGCACCUAUGAUGCACAAAUUUUGUUUCGAAGCGCUUGAUCGUUCAUGUAGAGAUGUGAUGAAGGAGGUGGAUAAGAGAAACAAAAACAUUCCAUUUGGUGGUAAAGUCGUGGUAUUUGGUGGAGAUUUUCGGCAAAUAUUACCUGUGAUUCCUAGAGGUAUAAGACCAGAAAUUGUUCAUGCCACUAUUAAUUCUUCGCAUCUUUGGAGACACUGCGAGGUGCUUAGAUUAACAAAGAACAUGAGACUUUUGAAUGGUGCAUCUGAAGCAGACAUCGAGGACAGAAGAAAAUUCUCAGAAUGGGUUUUAAGUAUCGGCGACGGUACAAUAGGGGAAGACAAUCUGGUGGACAAAACAAUUACUAUUCCAACAGAUUUGUUGGUUGAAGUUGAUGGCUGCCCUAUUGCUUCAAUUAUUCGAAGCACUUAUCCUAAUCUAUUGGCAAGCAUGGGUGACAUAGAGUACUUUCAAAACAGAGCCAUAUUGACAUCAAAAAAUACCAUUGUUGAGAAAAUAAAUGAAUACAUGUUGGAUAUGGUGCCAGGAGAGGAAAAAGUAUAUUUGAGCUAUGAUUCACCGGACGAACGUAACGUCUGUGGUGAUGCAAUGGAUGAUGUUCAUACACCCAAAUUCCUUAACACAAUUGUUGCCUCGGGACUUCCUAACCACAAGUUAAGGUUGAAGGAAGGAGUGCCUGUUAUGUUGUUGAGGAAUUUAGACACAAAGAAUGGUUUAUGCAAUGGAACCAGACUUAUUAUAACUAGAAUGGGAAGAUAUGUCUUAGAGGGCAAGGUAAUUUCUGGAAGUAAUGUGGGUGACAGAGUCUUUAUACCUAGGCUAUCUCUAUCACCCUCCGAUGUGAGAAUCCCUUUUAAAUUUCAAAGAAAACAAUUUCCUUUGGCUGUAUCAUUUGCAAUGACAAUCAACAAGAGUCAAGGACAAUCACUACAAAAUGUUGGAGUAUAUCUCCCGGCGCCUGUUUUUUCUCACGGACAAUUGUAUGUUGCUGUUUCGAGAGUUACAUCUAGAGGAGGUUUGAAGAUAUUGAUCACCGAUGAAGAUGGUGAUGACACAAAUCUGACAUCUAAUGUGGUGUAUGAGGAAGUAUUUCGAAAUGUCUGA